AUGAAGCAUUCGCAUAUUUUUUGGGUAGUCGCCUUGGGUGUAUCGACAUCAUGUCUUGGUGCCGAGACAAAAGAAUGCGACACUGCCACCAACGUGGUCGAGGACGGCACAAACGUCCUCGAACUACACACCCCCGAUCAGCUAGACGCGUUUGAAGGGUGUACAACGCUGAAUGGACAUAUUGUCAUUCAGUCAGACUAUGCCGGCGAAUUUAUCCUCAAUGGUGUGACUGAGCUCCAUGGAAAUAUCUCCACGGCUAGUAGUGGCUCGGACGGCUUACAUCUGUUCGAGAUGCGUAACCUUGAAAAAGUCAAUCAUAUUGACCUUUUUCUUGCCGGCGAUGUUCAUCUACCAAGCCUAAAUAGCACAGGGAACCUAAAGCUUGUCCAGAAGUCAGGUAGUGGCAAGAUAGAUCUGAAAUCGUUGGUCGAGGCUGACAAUGUCUCAAUUCGAGGGAGUUGGCCAAGCACUGAUUUUAGCUCACUGAAGACGGUUACGGUAGCCUGUGAGUUUUAUGGCUACCAAGUUUAUGGCGGUUCUCCUGAUGGGACCCUUACGCAUAUCGUGGUUGAUCUUCCCUCGCUCGAAAAAGCAGAUUACUUCGAUUUGUCGGGGACAGUGGAAAGCGUAUCUCUACCUAAACUAGAAGUGCUGGGAUACAUAGAGCAUACUGAUCUUUUCCCCGCCCAGGGGCUAUCCAUCAGGAUCGAAGAUGAGGAAACACUCGACUUUGACGCUCCGAAGCUUCACACGUUGAAUGGCGAGCUUUUCGUUUACGGUGGUUCUAAGCUUGGGUUCUUUGGGCAAGACCACCGAUAUGGGGGGGAGCUACGCAGCAUCUACCUACCCGACAUGGAUGAUUUGGGAGAUGUCGACUUGUCGUAUUACCCAAGGAUACCUUGCAACGAUACGCUGUAUCAACUAUGGGAAGGGCAGUCAGAAAACUCAAGCGAUUGGGAUGACUACAAUUCGUGCCUAAAUUACGACUUUCUACAAGAAGACGAAGAGACAGACCGGGCCAGCACAACGGUCAUCACUACCCCUACUGCCACAACUACCCCUGGUGUGACAGAGAUCACCACAAGUGGAAGCGGUACCAAAACAGCUGCUGAUGACCCAGAUAGCACUGAGAGCCCGUCUUCCGGGAAUGCUGCUCGCCAGGCAUUGUCCAUACCCUCGACCAGCGUUUAUAUCAUGUGUGAGACCAUGGAAUGA